AUGUCUGCAGUGUGCCCAUUGACUAACCCACUUACCAUGCCUGUUAUCCGCUCGUUGACUGAAACCACCACCAGAAUCCCGGCGUUAAGCCAGACGUUGCGCACGAUCGUCGUGGAGUCUACCACAACCACCGUCAGUACUCAGAAGGUCGUGGAUGAGGCCAUCAGGCACGGAGCGCGGCACGUGUUGGCUGGUGCUGGAAUGAGCCCGAUUGGCUGGGUUCUGAUGUUCUUGUUGUCUGUGCUCGCCGUUUUCUGUCUUCUCAUUGGUGCCUACGCCUUGUAUGACGAAAAGUGCCGUAGUAACGAUGUUAUGAGUAAGUUUGUUAUGUGUAAUAAAAUGUUUUGUAACAUAAGUCUGUUGAAAAUAUGUAUAUUUUUAAAGGGGUAAGUUCUUAAAUAAGUUAAAAUUUUUUAUUUGAGUUUUCUUAUAUCAAGUUAUCGGUUUUUAAUGCUAAUAAUUGUUAGUUUAGAGCAGAACGUGAGCGUUCAGACCAGCACCGAGUCCGGUCCAUUCCGCAACAACCCCAACAUGAACCGCCGCCGGAAUCUUCAGAGCAGCCACGUCUAG